GCAGUAGUUAAAUUUAUUACGGUCUCUCCCCUAUAUAAAGCAAUUCUGCUCUUCCCUUGCUUAUAAUAGAUUUGUGUGACUUGCAGGCAGAACGCUGAUCUUUUCCUUUUGUGAGCAUCAUGAAGGGUGCAGGAGCCCUGUUUGUACUGAGCUUGCUUUCCCUUUAUGGGAAUGUGAUUGAAGCUGAAGAAGGCAAUACGGAAAAUGCUCCCGAUUUUUGUGGUAAAAACGAAUGCCCCAAAUAUCAAGUGGCAAAGCAGUACAACACUUUCGAGCUUCGCGUUUAUGAAGCAACCAACUGGGUAUCAACAGAUAUGGAAGAAGAUUUUCUUGGUUAUGGGAAAGUUAAAAGCUUCAGGCACUUAUUUGGAUAUAUCAGUGGAAAAAACUCCCAAGGUAUAAAGAUUCCAAUGACUGUUCCGGUGAACAUUUAUAUUCCGUUGAAGCGCCCUUCACCUACAAAUGCUACAAUGUCAUUCUUUUUACCGCCAUCUCUCUCUCCUCCCGCUCCAACAGAUCCUGAUGUUUAUUUGCAAAGCGUUCCUGAGAAGUCUGUAUAUGUCAAGUCUUUUACUGGCUACGCAUUUCAAAAUGACUACCUAAAAAAGGCAAAAGCAUUAUCAGAAGAGCUGGUGGCCCUGGGCUUGUCUUUUGAUGACUCAUCCUACACAUCUGCAGGCUACAAUGAUCCAUUUACCUUGUUUAAGCGACACAAUGAAGUUUGGCUCACAGCACAGUAAUCCAGUACCUUUACUUUAAAUCUUGAAGCAUUGUAUAACACAACAGUUUAAAAAAAUAAAAACAAAAAAAAAAAGAA